UCCCGACGGUCAUGGCGGAGGAACCGAGUCGCCACGCUACCCAGCCGGACCUCACCCGGGAGACAGCGGCGGCCGACAAGCCGACGAGGUCCCCGACGCGGCCGUCAGCGGUCGCUGCAGAGUCCCCGGCGCCCGCGGACUGCGACAGCAAGUGCGUGUUCUGCCGCAUCGCGCGGGGGCAGGAACCGAGCACUGAACUUCUGCCCUGCGAGGUGGGCUGCGAUCGCGGCCGCUCUUCGGGGCCCCUGAGGGCCAAUGAAGACCUAGUUUGCUUCAAAGAUAUCAAACCAGCAGCACCUCAUCAUUAUCUUGUGGUGCCAAAGAAGCAUAUCGGAAACUGCAAAGACCUAGAGAAGGCUCACCUAGAACUGGUUGAGAACAUGGUAGCUGUUGGAAAAGCCAUCCUGGAAAGGAAUAAUUUCACUGACUUAAAAAAUGCAAGGAUGGGUUUCCAUAUGCCGCCAUUCUGUUCCAUUUCCCACUUACACCUUCAUGUUCUAGCACCAGUGAAUCAGCUUGGCUUCAUAUCAAAAUUGGUUUAUAGAGUCAAUUCCUACUGGUUUGUAACAGUUGAUUAUGUGAUUGAAAAAUUAAGAACAUGAAAAUAUCAACAGUGGAAGAUUUUCCUAAUCUUGGCUUAAUAUAAACUAAUAACCGACCCUUUUGAGGUCCAAUUGCAUCUUUUCAGGUUUGUUGGGUUUCGUGGGAGGCUCCUCCUGAGCACCCUCAAGUCCGUUUUGAAUGUGUGUUUCCUGGAAUCAUUGAUAGAGUUCGCACUAAUACUUGGUGAUUGAUCUGUUGUUUAAAUGGUUGCUUAUCUAAGCCAUAAAGAAUUUGAUGGUAAAAGAACACCAAAUCCAAUACUGUUAAUUAAGAAAUCCUCAUUAAAAAAUUCAAGUACUUGGAACCAUUAUUUCUGUAAAGAAGAAACAGAAUUAACUACUUAGUGACAGUUUAUACACUUUCAAAAUACAGAAUAUGAUAAUACACAACAUCCUCUGAUUUUGUUGGUGGAAAGCAUUAUAUAUGGGUGAUUUUUCUCUUAAAUUCCAGAUGUUAGUUUUCACUUCCUGAAAGUCUAGUUUCUUUGUUAUAGAUUGUUCCUGGAAGCUGGAAAUACAAUUUCCAACAGAAGUCACUGUAACGAAUUUAACCUUUAAGACCAUAAAUCAGGAAGAACUGUAUGUAUUAAAGUAGAGAAAACAUUGC